CAUAUUUCAGCGUAGGCGACGUCGUUUCACUCUUCGUUUUCACUUGUUAGUUCCAUCCACCCUUAAAAGCCACCGGACUCCAUAACAAUAACCGAAUCAUCCGUCGUCGAUUAAAACUAUCUCUCCUCCCUCAGUCUCAGUAUCUGCUUGUGUCUUCACGUGCUCUCAUAUAUUGUCGCGAACAACGAUCUAGGGUUGACCUUAGAUUCGAACGGAACGUGAAGUUUCCUGCAUUUUCUUUUUCUGUGUCUUCAAACCGAAAUUAUAAAAAGGCAAUGGGAGUAGUCAUUGAGAGUUCCGUUUGGGAACCGAAUCCAUCCAUAUACAUCUUCCUCUUUAUCUGUUGCUGCUUCUCGAUCUUUAUUUUCCCUCAUGCCUCUAAUCUCAACAGAACUUGCACAAUCUUCGACCAUGGAAUCUCUUCUUCAUUUCUUCGUUUCCAGCGGAACUUCCUCUUCAUCUAUUCUUUCGCAUCAGUAAUGGAAGGUAUGUGGUCAGCGUUCGGGGAGUAUGAGUUAGCUUCCUAUGGAAUUGGGAGGGAAAAUAUGGUAACGUCUCUCUGUUAUGGAUAUACAACAGCUCUCUUUGCGGCUCCUUUCGUUGGUGUGCUUUCAGAUUUGAUAGGUCACAAGAAAGUUAGCUUAAUCUUUUGCAUCCUACACUUAUUUGUUGGCGUGUGGAAGAAGAUUGCAGAGCAACCAAACAUGUUCAUGACCAGCAUAUGUCUCUCUGUGGCCAAUACAAUAUAUUCAGUCAGUUUUGAGACUUGGAUGAUCACUCAACAUGAAAAGCAAGGGCACAGGCUAGAUUCACUUAAUGAUACAUAUUGGUUAAUGACUUUCUUUGAGUCUGCAUGUUUUAUUGCCAGCCAAAUUUUUGCAAAUUGGCUGAUUGGUAAUAAUAAUAUGGAAAAAAGCACUGCUCCUUCAUCAGCAAUUAUCUUCUUUGCAACCAUAUGUUUUACUUUUAUCUCCAGAGGAUGGACAGAAACUCCAGGAGCAGCAUCUCUUAAGGAGUAUAGUCUGUCCUUCUAUGCAUAUAUUUUUGGUGAUAAAAGGGUAUGGCUGUUGGCAUGGGCACAAACUUGCCUUCACUUCUCCAUUGGAAUUUUUUGGAUCCUUUGGGCACCUACAGUAGUGGCUGAUGGGCGAGAAGUGCAACUGGGAUUAAUAUAUCCAUGCUUUCUGGGCUCAAGGAUGCUAGGGAGCACUGCAUUUCCAUGUCUUACUAGUGGGCCAUCAUCAUUUAGGACUGAGGACUGCCUAGUAUUUGCAUACACCAUACUGGCUCUUCUCCUGUCUAUUGUGGCCUAUGACUAUCAGGAAAUUGGGGUUCUGGUGACACUAUUUUGCUUGUUCCACGCUUGCGUUGGUUUCAUUUUACCAUCACUUGCCAGAUUGAGGACCAUGUAUGUUCCUAAUGAAUUGCGUGGAGGGAUGGUGGGCCUCUCUCUUGCCCCUGCAAAUGCCAUAAUUCUGCUUUCUUUGGUGCAAGGUGGCUAUUAUCGGAAUGUUGACAAUGCAGCAUUAAUGGCAUUUGGUGUGAUUGGUUUAUUGCUAGGAGCUGGUUGCAUGCAUGCCCUGAAGCAAUGGGGGAAGCAACCAUAUAACAACUGGCAUAAACAGUGAAUGCAUAAUCCCUUUUUGCAGGCUUUGUUAGUGGUGGAUGUUUGUCUCUUUUAUUGAAUGCAACAAGGAGUAAAGAGAUGAAGAACUUAGAUGAUGUCAAUGCAGGCAAGGGGAAAUAAAUUUCAAAAAAAUAUGAACAUCAACUACUAGUGGGCGCUGAGCUGGACUGACAUUGGGGUUUUUAUCUUGGAAGAUAUAUUCGACCGUACAAGCUUUGUUAGCUGCUAUCAGAAUCUGUAUGGGGUGACAUAUGCCAGUUUCUCC